AAGGAAGCAUCGGCGCAGGAUUAAAAGUUGCUGUGAACUCUGUUGUUUGCAUCAGUUUUUUGUGGCUGUAAACUUCUCCUGUUGAGUUAAACUUGAGUCUGAAGAUGAAGGUCCUUCUGCUGGUCGUCUUGACUGUUUGGUCCAACUUUGGGUGCGGUUUUUCGUAUUCCUGCUCCCAUUCUCCGUCUACAUGGUGCUCAUCUUUAAACUCAGCUAUCGAGUGUGGGGUGUUGAAACAGUGCCUGGAGACUAACUUCACCAGGUCCCGUCAGACUGAAGACCCGGUCCAUGUGGCGCUUUACUAUGAGAGUCUGUGUCCUGGUUGCAGAAACUUUUUGGUUGGCAUGCUUGUCCCCACCUGGAUCAUGCUGCAGGACAUCAUGGACGUUUCCCUGGUACCCUUUGGCAAUGCAGUGGAAAAGUUUGACGGAAAGAAAUAUAUUUUUGAGUGCCAGCAUGGAGACGAGGAAUGUUUGGGCAACAUGAUCGAGGCCUGUUUAAUGAACAUGACUGAAGCAGCCCCUGAAAUCAUCUUCUGCAUGGAAUCUUCACCAAAUGUCAUCAAAUCAGCUCAGGCUUGUACGAGUGUCUACCAUCCAGACCUGAGUUUUGACAGCGUGAUGAAAUGUGUGAAAGGAGAUCUAGGAAAUCAGCUGAUGCAUCAGAAUGCCAUGAAAACCAAAGCCCUGAACCCUCCCCACCAGUAUGUGCCCUGGAUCACCAUUAAUGGGGUUCACACGGAGGAUCUCCAGAACAAAGCCAUGGCUUCUCUGUACACUCUGGUGUGCAGCAUGUAUAAGGGUACCAAGCCUGAGGUGUGUGGUGGAGCCCAGAGACACUACAGAAGUUACUGCCGUAAUGAGUGAAGGGGCAGAACCGCACUGACACCUGCCCUGUUCCAGGUGUGGCCAUUAAAUAAGGAACACUGAGGACUGUCAACAAACAUGUUUUCAAUAUGUGGUUUCUAAUCAGUUUUUAUAAAGGGAAAUUGUAUUGAUUGAUUCAUAAAAUAAACUUGACAACAAAAACAAAA